AUGGCAACAAUUCCGCACCGCCGCUCGCUGACUACUGUUGCAUUUCAUGCCUCUCAACAGCCUCAAAAUCCACUGAAAAUCCCUGCAAAACCACUCCCACAAGAAAACCAGACAAAACCCAUCUCUGACACUACUCAAGCCGCCCAGAGACAUGAACAACAACAAAACCGACUGCUUUCUCUCAUAAAAUCAUGCACCCAGAAGACCCAUCUGCUCCAAAUCCACGCCCACAUUGUCCGUACAAGUCUCCUUCAAGACCCCACCAUUUCCCUCAACUUCUUGUCCCGUCUGGCUCUCUCUCCCGUACGAGACGCGGACUAUUCCCGCCAGUUCUUUACUCAAAUCUCAAACCCAUUGGUAUCUCACUACAACACCAUGAUCAGAGCCUACUCUGUGAGCAAUUCACCCCUGGAGGGGGUUUUCAUGUACCGAGAAAUGAAACGUCAAGGCCUGCGGGUGAACCCCUUGUCGUCUUCGUUCGCUCUCAAGUCUUGUAUCAAACUUUCUUCACUUUUAGGGGGAGCUCAGGUUCAUGCUGCGAUUUUGAGAGAUGGGCAUCAAUCAGAUAGCCUAUUGCUCACUACUUUGAUGGACCUGUAUUCGUGUUGCGAGAAGUGUGAUGAAGCAUGUAAAGUGUUUGAUGAGAUACCUGAAAGAGAUACUGUUGCUUGGAAUGUGUUGAUUUCUUGUUGUAUACGUAACAACAGGACCAGGGACGCGUUGGGUUUGUUUGAUAUCAUGCAGAGUGGCGGUGAUGGAUGUGACCCUGAUGAUGUUACGUGUUUACUUCUUUUGCAAGCGUGCGCCCGCUUGAAUGCGUUGGAAUUUGGUGAAAGGAUUCAUAGUUACAUUGAAGAGCAUGGUUAUGGAAAUGCUUCCAAUUUGUGUAACUCUCUUGUAGCGAUGUAUUCGCGGUGUGGAUGUUUGGAUAAGGCUUAUGGGGUGUUUAAGGGAAUGCGCAUUAAGAAUGUGGUGUCGUGGAGUGCAAUGAUUUCUGGUUUAGCCAUGAAUGGGCAUGGGAGAGAAGCUAUCGAAGCAUUUUGGGAGAUGCAGAAAAUGGGUGUUCAGCCCGAUGAUCAGACUUUUACUGGAGUUCUUUCUGCUUGCAGUCACUGUGGUUUGGUUGAUGAGGGAAUGAAGUUUUUUGAUAGUAUGAGCCAAGAGUUUGGGAUAUUGCCAAAUAUUCAUCAUUAUGGGUGUAUGGUAGAUCUCUUGAGUCGUGCUGGUUUGCUCGAUCAGGCCUACCAGCUCAUAAUGUCAAUGGGAUUCAAGCCAGAUCCGACAAUAUGGAGGACCUUACUUGGCGCUUGCAGAAUUCAUGGCCAUGUUACCCUUGGGGAACGAGUGAUUGGACAUUUAAUUGAACUUAAGGCUCAAGAAGCUGGGGAUUAUGCUCUGUUGUUGAACAUUUAUUCCUCGGCUGGCAACUGGGAGAAGGUAGUGGAAGUUAGGAAAUUUAUGCAGGAGAAAGCAAUCCAAACUACACCUGGCUGUAGCACGAUUGUAUUGCAAGGAGUAGUACAUGAGUUUGUUGUGGAUGAUGUUUCACAUCCACGGAAGCAUGAGAUUUAUGAGAUGCUAGAUGAGAUUAAUCAGCAGCUGAAGAUAGCUGGUUAUGUUGCUGAUAUUUACUCGGAAUUGCACAAUUUGGGUGCCGAAGAAAAAGGGAUUGAGCUCUCUUAUCACAGUGAGAAAUUGGCUAUUGCUUUCGGGGUUCUUGCAACUCCACCUUGCACAACAAUCAGGGUGGCCAAGAAUCUUCGGACCUGUGUUGAUUGCCACAAUUUUGCGAAGGUUCUCUCAGGGGUUUAUGACCGAGAAGUGAUUGUUAGAGAUCGCACCCGGUUUCAUCAUUUCAAAGAAGGACGAUGCUCCUGCAAUGAUUAUUGGUAAGGAUAUCUGGGGUUGGAGAAACACAUUACACAAAUUUACUGUGAGGCAACUGUUUUUGCUAGAGAUGCAAGGGCAGGCUUGUGUGUUACACUAGUCCUGAUGUAUGAGUUCGGGGCAGAGAAGCAUAUGUGUUUACCCGGGCAUAUUCACUUAGCAUUUCAAGGGCUAAAAUGAUAACAACGGGCCGUUUAUGUCACAACAGAGAACGAUUUCGGUUUCAACGCAAACUCUUGGAUGGCUGCUUCCAUCACCAAUUUCUCAAAUUUUGUUAUCUCAGUCUAUGAAAUGCCAGGUUCAGCCUUGUUUCUAACCCUAGUGUUCUGAUUUGGAUUGCAAAUGUUGAACGGCAGAUCCAGUCCUGCACCGACAAGUUUGUACUUUUUACUACAUAAACAUCAAUUGCCAAAGCAGUGAAAUCUGAACUACACAAUUUUGUGCUGAUGUAUUUGAUAUGGAUAAUUUGUUCUUGAUCUUUGAAUCAUUACCAAAAUAUUUUUCAAGGAACUAGACUUUGUUGAGAUACCAUGGGGCUUCAUUGUUUUGUUUGCAAAAGAAAAAGGAGAAGCUCAUGCUCAAUCAGAAGGCACAGGGAAGAGGACUUGAGAAGCCAUGUGCUCCCAAUUACUGAUGUAGCAUCCCAGCUUGUAUUUUCGGCAAUUUGUACACAAGCCUUUCCAUAACAAAGAGGUGUUUCAACACAAAUCAUAUAAAUUAUAUUCUUCCAUGCAAUGAUGAAUCCACAAAGAAUACCAAUCAGAGGUCGCUAAUCUAUUC